GAUCCUGUUUUCACGUUGAACGCAAGGAUCGGAUAGAACCCGCUCCCCCGCGCUCUGAAACCGCUUCUCAAGCAACGACGAUACAGACCUCGCCACGAACUUGCAGAAUAUUUACCCGCAAUUGCCACUGAACACAACCAGGCGCCCUUCUCCCCCGCCCGAUCCCCCUUCUCCCCCCGUGAGUCGCCCGCACACGCUCCGCUCCGCCGCCCCCCUACUCCGUCCGCCCCCUCCUCUCCCUGAACUCCGGCCGCCGCCCCAGAUCCAGCCGCCGGCGGGCACCUCCACUCCGGCCCCCUUCUGCUCCGCACAGGAACGCCCGGAGCAAUGGUGGCUCGCUAGGGUACGGUUUCAUCGGCGGCUUCACCAGUUGUUCUAUUGCAGUUUCUCGUCUGGUUCGGUCUCUGCUUCUCCGGCCUAAGACAGUAGAUUUUUCACAUGUCCGAGUAUUGUGCCACUUCUUUGUUCAGACUCCUCGGCGUCUAUUGAGCCCGUGGGCCGUGGCCCAUCACUUCGCGUCCCUCCUCUCGCUCACCACGACAGCCAGCGCCUUUCUCCGUUCUCCCCCUCCCACCGACCGCGAGGAAGAUGGGCAGUGGCGCGAGGAGGGUCCUGGAGGCGUGGAGGCUCGGGGUGGCCAGGUACGGAGACGCGCUCCAGCUCCAGGAGCGUCUCGUCGCGGACCGCAAGGCCGGCCGCGUCGGCGACCUCGUGCUGUCGCUGCAGCACCCGCCGACCUACACCCUCGGCAAGCGGCGCGAGAAGGCCGAGCGCAACCUGCUCGCCACGGAGGCCGAGCUGAGCGCCCUGGGCGCCGAGCUCCACCGCACGGAGCGGGGCGGCGACGUCACCUUCCACGGCCCGCGGCAGGCCGUGCUGUACCCUAUCCUCUCGCUCCGCGCCCUGGGCCUCGGCGCGCGGAGGUACGUCGAGGGGCUCGAGUCCGCGAUGAUCCAGGUGGCGGCACUCCACGGCGUGACCGCGCGGCCGGGUGACCCCGGGGAGACCGGCGUGUGGGUCGGGGACCGCAAGAUCGGCGCCAUCGGGGUCAGGAUCUCGUCCGGGUUCACUUGGCACGGGUUGGCAUUCAACAUCGACCCCGAUCUCGGGUACUUCGAGCACAUCGUGCCGUGCGGCAUCGCCGGCAAAGGGGUCACGUCGCUGCGGCGGGAGGUGCCGGACGGAGUGGAGCUCCCGGCCGACGAGGUCAUCCAUGACCAGCUUGUGCAGUGCCUGGGGGGAACUUUGGGCUUCACCGAUGUGGAAUUCAAGGACGAUUCUUAAGUGUUGCUCUAUCACCAACUACAGAUAGAUUCGUGCCUGAUUCCAUGAAGCAAUGUACAAGCUGUUUCGCUGCAGAUUUGCAGUAAAACCAGCUACCUUCUAUCGUACAUACACUAAAAGCGCUCAUGAUGCAGCUUCACAAUCCUGACGCGCCGUUCAAUCUGUACACUCUGCAAUCUGCAUCCUUCAGAAUGUCUUCUGAUCAAUUUUUGGAAUAUUUUUUCA